AUGGCUGCAGGCUUAGCGCAAGCCUUCCAUGGCACCGUCAUCCACUCCACCUCGCCCAGCGACCUCGUCAUCGUCGAGGAUGCCCUGCUCGUCGUCACCCCCGCAGGCCAAAUCGCCUCGCUCCAGCCCGGCGUUUCCGCCGAGCGGAUCCCCCCGACGCUCGCCUCGCUCGGCAUCCCGCCCGCGUGCCCCGUGAGGACGCUCGCGCGGGGCCAGUUCCUCAUGCCCGGAUUCGUGGACACGCACAACCACGCCCCCCAGUGGCUGCACCGCGGCCAGGGCCAGGGCCUCCAUAUCCUCGAGUGGCUCGACCAGGUGGCCUUCCCGCACGAGUCGCGCUUCCGGGACCCCGCGCACGCGCGCCGCGUGUACGGCCACGUCGUGGGCGGCAUGCUGCGCCAGGGCGUCACCACGGCGAGCUACUACGGCUCCAAGCACGGCGAGGCCACCAAGAUCCUGGCCGACGUGUGCCUCGAGCGCGGCCAGCGAGCCCUCGUCGGCAAGUGCAACAUGUCGCGCAACGCGCCGGCGUACUACCGCGACGAGGACGAGGACGAGUCCCUCCGGGUGACGCGCGACUGCAUCGACCACAUCGCCGGGAGGGACCCCGAGGGCGCCCUCGUCCGCCACGUGCUCACCCCACGGUUCGCCAUAUGCUGCGAGCCCGGCCUGCUCGCCGGCCUGGGCGACCUGGCCAGGGAGCACCCGCGCAUGCCCAUCCAGACGCACUUCAACGAGUCGGAGCAGGAGAAGAAGGCCACGCUGGGCCUGUUCCCGGCCUUUGACAACGAGGCCGACCUGUACGAGAGCUUCGGCCUGCUCGGCGACCGGUCCAUCCUGGCCCACUGCACCAUCAUGACCGAGUACGAGACGCGGCGCCUGGCCGACCUGGGGUGCGGCGUGGCGCACUGCCCCACGGCCAACAUGACCGUCGGCGGCGGCUUCAUGGCCGCUCCCAUCAAGGACUUUCUGCGGCGCGGCAUCAAGGUCGGGCUGGGGACGGAUUCCGGCGGCGGGUACUCGUCGUCGAUGCUCAACGCCAUGCAGCACAGCUUGGUGGCGUCCUUUGCCAGGGACUACCUGGACGCGGGGGAAGCCGGCACCGCGGCCGUGUCGUUUGAAGAGGUCUUCUACAUGGCCACCCUGGGGGGCGCGCAGGUGGUCGGAUGGGACGCGGACGUCGGCAACUUUGCCGCAGGCAAGCAGUUUGACGCCGUCGUGGUGGACCUGCAGACGGAGAGGGGCGGCGUGAAUGCUCCGCUGGAGGACGACGACUCGGCGAGGACCAUGCUGGAGAAGUUUGUCAUGACGGGUGACGACAGGAACAUCGCAGAGGUGUAUGUGAGGGGGAGGCGAGUGCACGGGUGA